AUGGUUUCAUUCUCAUGCGAAAACUGCGGAGAUACACUGAAGAAGCAGAAACUAGACCCUCACCGUAACCAAUGCCGCGGGGCAGUCUUCACAUGUCUCGACUGUUCAACGACGUUCUAUGGCACGGACUAUCGCGGUCAUACAUCAUGCGUUUCGGAAGCCCAGAAGUACGAGAAAACGGUAUACAAAGACAAGAACGCCAAACAGAACAAGCGCAAGUCAGUCAGUAUCCUUGAGCCGACUGACAGCAAUGCGAUCGUCCCGCGCCGAGCAUAUGUCGAAGAUGAGAUCGAGAACGAGAAUCCUCCGCCUGUACCGACACCGCCGCCAGCGGUGCGCGAAAGUCCUUCAACACGCGACAACCCUCGAGACAGCGUAUUCGACUAUAUGGUAGACGAUGACCAGCCCAAUACCCCGAAGAUAAUGUUUUCGACCGCAAAAGAUCGCGAGGCUAAAGAGAUGUCAAUGAAGACCAAUGCGCCACCACUGUUCAACGACAGUAGAUCUUCUAGUCGGAAUGGGCACCGCAACAGUGAAGAUCAGUUGCAUAAUGAUGACUAUGCGCAGAAUGGGUUCUCGUACGGCUCGGAAGCCAUCAAUCCAAAGACGAUGCAGGACGUGAACGGCAGCUAUUUGUCGCUUGAUUUCAUGACACCAGCAGCUAAGGCGGCACGAAUGAAAUUGGAUGGCAAGGCAGUCAUCACCCCAGCUCACAGCCGCACCAACAGCGGCAGUGAGAAGAAGAGAAAGAGAGGGUCCGCGGCCGACGGAGAAGGAGAUGUGUCUAUGGGCGGGACAGACACUCAUGUCACUAUCGUGGACACGCCCGGCAUUGCACAUUCGGGUCUCACCGGCGGUCUGCAGCGCAUGAUCACAGACGAUAGCGGCUUCUAUCCCCAACCUGAUUCGGACAACGAGAAGCGGAACCGGAAAGCAGAUGAGCGUCGAAAAUCGCGCCACACAGAAGAUCCACCUAGUCCACUGAAGCGCAGCAAGCAUACGAAAGAGAGGCAAGAAAAGAAGGACGACUCUGGACUAGGCAUAUCAUUGAAAGGCCGAGCGGCGAAAGCGCUGUCCAUGGUCGGCGGCGCUUUGAUGCUCCCAUCGCAAGCGCAAGAUCUGCAGAACGUCAAGACCAGGCGCCGGGCCAGCUCGUCAGAUCACUACGCUCGACCAGAGUUGCGCGAAGUUUCAGGCGAGAAGCGUGAGCGCAAGAAACAUAAAGUCCAUCGACACAACGGCACCUCGUCAGAUAAUACGCGACCACACCGGAAAGGAUCAAGCGAGUCACCCCAGCGGCGGCAGAAGACGAUUGAAUACCACAAACAGCACGAUGAGUCUGGGUCAGACUCGGAUGGCGAUGCAGGGCGGAACGGCAAUGGUGACGUUGUGGUGUUCGGUGCGGAAGAGAAGCAGAAGCGUCAGUGCGAGGCUUUCUUGGGGAACAUUCCCAGGAUAGGGGAGAGUGAGAAGGGAUACAGCGUUCAUAAGGCGCUCAAGCGGUGGCACAAGCAGGGUGACCAUCGCGGGAGUGAGCGUGCUCCGAAGGAAGAGGAUCUGUGGAGAGGACUUAGGUUGAGAAAGAACGAGAGGGGAGAGGUUGUUGUGUUUUGGGGAGGACUUAUGGGUGACUGA